UUGUGAUGAAUCAUGGGUAAUUUGGGACACUCCCGGGUCCGUGCACGUAUCUCAUGUGGCGCCAAAGCAAAUGUUCAAGUUCACAUCGCUUCAUUUUCCACCAACUUGACCAAGUAAAGAUCACAACGAACUGCUCAUCAUGAAACACAAAACAAAGACAAAGAAUCUUGAAGAUUCGACCCAGGAUGCUAGUUGUCGUGCCGUCAGUCACAAAAGAGAUCGACCCCAGCCCACAGAAGGAGUGAGGCGUUCAACACGGAAACGUUCAGCACCCAAGACUUUUGUUGUAACAUCCAAGAAGUCUAAAGCACUGUAUUGGGAAGCCGCAGAGAAGGAGAAACUAUUGAAAGUUCUGCAAGAAUUAAACACUCAGCAACUUGGUACAGCACUUUACUACAGCAAAAAUCGCUACCCAAUCAAGCUGAUGUCUAAGAGAAUUGGUAGCAAGUCUAUGGAUGCUGUCAAGAAAUACUUGACCCUUCUGGAGCGCAGAGGAGCAGGCAUGGCAUUGAGUCAAAUGAAGCAUCAAGCACCUCUACAGAGUUGGCGUCAGAUGGCAGAUAAGUUGACUGCUCUGACCAGCGACAACUGCUCCCGCCAGUUGAUCCGGGUCUGUAGCAUCUUGGCUCUUGAAAGCAAAGAUGAGGACGAAUCAGCAGUAGAAGAACAUGGCGGUGAUGAAACACAAACCAUUCCAACCUUAUCACUCACACCAGCUACUACAACAUCUGCAGCCAGCAACUCAACAGGUAGCAAUCACACCAAUGAUGUACAUGUAUCUAAGGAGAUUGCAUCACCUGAUGCCUCUGUAUCAGCCAGAGAGAUUGCCAUGACAACAUCAAAUGUAGAAACUGUGUCAGGGUCAGGAAUGUCUACAGCAGCAUCCAAUGUGGCAACUGCUGCAGCAGAAGCAAAAGAUAGUUCAGCAACAGACAGCGUUUCAUCAACAGCAACAAGCCAAAACAUUUCAUCAACAUCACCAACAAGAGACAUCAGUUCAGUAACAACAGCAACAACAGCAGCAACAACAGACAGUACUUCAACAUCGGCAACAGCAACAUCAACUGCAGCAGCAAGAGACAGCAGUUCAACAACAACAGCAACAAGAGACGGUAUCUCAACAGCAACAAGAGGCAAUUCAACAACGGCAAUAAGAGACCAUUUUUCAGCAAGUGCAUCAAAGCCAAACGAGAGUAUUGAGCUAGAACUCAAACCAGACUAUCCGUCCAUCUACAAGUACUUUGCCAAUCUCAUGCAAGGCGAACAAAAAGAACUUGGACCACUCGAGUCCCUGGUUGUUCUAGACUGCCUCACAUCUGUCGAGAAACACCUAGUAGCAAGAGACAACACGAAACAGAAGAAGUUUGCACAGAAACGCUUCUUAGACAUUCUAGAAAACUUGUAUCUGAGUAUCGAUGGCGAGACCGCCAGAACAGCUAAAGGAGGAACAAUGAAUGAGGAUACCGAUGCUGGGAAUGUGUUGACAAUGGCAGACCUGUUGGGCAUCAACAACCAAUCACAGUCAUGGAAAUGUCAAGCUGACCAAUCAAAAGCCACAUUACCAGAAAACAGCCAAUCAGCAAGCAAUUACUCUGUCAGCCAGUCAACAUCAACCAUGUUGCAGGGCCAGUCAUCCACAGCCAAUAAGAGAAGCAGCAGAGAAAUACCCACCCGUCUAGGUAGUCUCAAUCCAUUUGGUGUACCAGUUAAGCUACUGGAAAUUAGACAAGACAGAUGAGGGCAGCAGACAGGUUAUCCAAGGGUGCACUCAAGCAUGUGUUAUGGGAGAUCCCAUAAUCUUAUGAGUUCACCUGUGUUCCAAGGAUAGUUGUAGCUGAUGGUCAGGAGUGUAGCAUCCACCCGAGAAAGAAUGUACUCAUAAAGUGUAACCAAAGAAACCACAUUCGCGAAGGUGGUUUAAAUGCACUCAAUGGACCUUAUUCACAAGGAAGCCGUUUUUGGUCAUGUUCCCUGAAUGUAUUUUAUAAAUUGCGAACUGUUGAAUGGAAUGGUGCCAGACUAUUUAUGCAUUCUAGCCUCACUUUCAAUUUUGUUUUUUUUUAAUUUGGAUUACAACAUUAAGGUAUGAGCACACUGGUAUUAAUUUGUAAUUAACUUUGUCAUUGCUUUCAUUUCUCUUCGCAAUUUCCAAAUAUGAAGAUUUUACCUCGCUUUCAAUUUAAUAUGGCCGACUCGUGAAAAAUGGUCGACAGCGCAUGUGUGCGUGUACCCUGUGUGCAAGAAAAAGUUCCAUCUCAAAAUAAGUUUCUCAUUUGUUCGCGGGAAAAGUCUAUUGUGGAUGCAGCUACUAAGUCUGAAAAAAAAAACAUGUCUUUUGAUCUUUAAUUACUCUGUUUAUCAAUGGAAAUAAACCAAAAUUUCAGAUCAAAAUUUCAGAUCAUUUCAGAAAGUUUCACUAGCUUUAUGCAAGAGGGUGAGAUUUAAAUACA